UGAGUCAUUCAAUAAACCUGGUGAUUUAAUUUUUAUUAGGUUGUUGGUUCGGAAAUUUGACAAAAGGGUAGAAACGUCAGUCGGCUGUCAUUCGACAAUAAACAUGAAUACUUACAAAAACCUUCAUUAUUUCACUUUAAUAGUGUGUUUGGCGAUAUUUCCUCACUUUGGCGAAGCUGCCAAGCAAAAAUACGUGACAUGCGGGUCCGUAGUGAAACUUCUCAACACAGACUACAAAGUUCGCCUGCAUUCUCACGACGUUAAAUACGGAACUGGCAGUGGGCAACAAUCUGUCACUGCCACCGAAGUGCAAGAGGACAUAAACAGCCAUUGGAUAGUUAAGGGGGUCACUGGGGUGAGUUGCACAAGGGGGGAGCCCGUCAAAUGCGGCAGCAGCAUUAGGUUAGAACACACUGAGACAAAGAAAAAUCUGCACUCGCAUCAUUUUUCCAGUCCGUUGAGUGGGAAUCAGGAAAUCAGUUGUUAUGGGGAUAAUGGGGAUGGCGAUACUGGGGAUCAUUGGACUGUUGUCUGCUCAGGUGAUAGCUGGUUAAGAGAUGACAGUGUGAUGUUAAAACAUGCAGAUACCGGCAUGUACUUGUCAGCAUCUGGGAGAACAUUUGGGAGGCCCAUUAAUGGUCAGAUGGAGGUUGUUGGAGUUUCCUCGUCCACAGGUUCAGUACAUUGGCAAACAAUGGAAGGGGUUUACCUACAUGCUCCCGAUUUAAGUGCAAGACACAUACAUUCUGUUCAUUCAGAGCUGUAAACUAUUUAUUUUAUUAGGGUAAUUUUUGUACAAUUCUAUUUAAUUUAUUUGUGAUAUGCUGUGUGACUAUUAAAGAAUGUGUUUAA